AUGAACAACGGUACCCACCAGUUCGAUGAGGAACAGUUGGCUGAUCUGUAUGCCGCCUUCCCUGACCUCCAGACUAAGGGGGCCAUUCCAGGUGACGAAAUUCGUGAUGCCUUACAAAAACUUGGAUGCCCUAUUGCUGGCCAUGAGCUUCGAGAAUUGCAGGGAAAUCAGAAAAAAGGUGCAUUGUGUGAUCUUGAGGAGCUCUUCAACCUCUACGUGAGAGCCAAGACAUUGAAGAUUGACUCAAAGCAGAUCCGAAAGGAUACUUUAUUGAGGGGCGCCAGCGAAGUAAAGGUAUGAUUCGGGGUCGCUGUUAUGUGGAAAGUUUUGAAGGGAGAAUUGUGGUGUGAUUUAUCAUUGAACUCCGAAUUGCCUACUCUGACAUGCCUUUGCCAGCAUAUGAGCAGUCGGUGGCCUUAGAAGACGCUUUCGCAGCGUUGGUAUCUGAAAUUUGUCGGUGAAUCCGCCAGCUGUCAUUCAAAAUAAAGUAAAAUAGACCAAGCGCUAGGAGCCAAAGCCAUUGUUUGACAUAACUGACAACUUACCCAAGCCUAGAUUUAAAGUGGAUGAGGAGGUUGGCAAAACGUCUUAAUUCAAUAGGCUGUGUCCAAUAGAUGAGUGAUUUAAUUGGAUUCUGUAAAAGUAGCUUUAAAACUUGGGUAGGAUACUGGACUUUAAGCUCGCGUCAGCGCUCCUACAGGCCUGCUGCUUACAAAAACGGUAAAUGCUGAUACUCGCGAGACAUCAUCUUUUUUACCAACCUGCAGUUACUUAUCUUUUUCAAACCUUUCCAAUGUAAUGCUCUGGUCUGAAUGUAUUCUGGUCUGAAUAUUUAUUCUGGUCUGAAUGUAAUUUCACUUAGUUUAGGAUCCAAAUUUCAAAACCGGUUAUCUGCAUAGAACGUUUAACGUCAGGGUAAUGGAUAUAUGGACUAGAAUAAAUAAGAUAGAAGUUAGACAUCCGAAGAAAUGUAAUUUGAAGUCAAAUAUAUCCUUCGGAAAAGUAUGUCACAUUAUGUUUUAGGGUUCGAAAUGCACCUAUGAGUACGCCUGAAUAAAAGUAAACCAAGUCAAUAUUGAUACUUAAAGUUAAAAACAAUAAUCUAAAGAUCAAAUAUAUGUGUGAACAUAGGAAUGCAGGUCGUUGGCGCUUUAAUGCCUCAGACGUGAUGUCUAGGCGAAUCAUAAUCUUCCAUAGAAUGUAAAUGAGUUACAAAGAAUGACUCUGCAACCAUCGCUCCUAACUUGAGAUAUACACCCUCAGUUUACUUUUGUCGACGAGUAUUUUUAUCGGCAGAGGACCGAAAUGUUCCCAAGAAAGGAUUUUAUCGCGAUUCUAUUUCAUUGCUGUAUGUGUUGACAAUUUCUUCAACUGCUAGGGUAUUUUAGAGUCGUUUGAUAAUUCAGGAGAUUUUGUGAAUUCUCUAAGGAGCUGGGGAGAAAUAAGCUGCACGUUUGUUCUGCAAGUUGUGUCGGCUUAGAUAGUAUUCUAAACGUGCCAAACUCAAAAACGCUUUUUUCUUAUUUUUAAAAUAUUUUUGUCUUUAUUUUUUAGAUUUCAGGUCACUUCGAAAAAAGAGUAGAUAAUUUGAAUUAUUUCGUAAUGUGCGUUGUAGUUAUGCAAUUCUUUACAUAGGAGGCAGAAAAUGCUGCCCCAAAAUGUGGAUUUGUGCAAAUGCACACAAUUGUUGGGGAACAGAUCAAAGCAUAAACUGAUAAUUGAAUUAAAAAUGAAGUUUAGAAUGGUUCAUUUUGCAGUAACUAAAACUUAUUUACUAAACAAGCAUGUCAAGAGAUAGCCAUGAAUCCACAGUUGCGGCGAACUUUGGCAUACAAUGACUGAAACGUGUGGCCGGGCAGAGUUGUUGCCUUUUUAACAAGGCCCAGUUAUUUUUGGUCCAUUUAAGCCGCGAUAAUAUUGAAGAAAAUUUUGCAGCACCACACCUCGCGAGGGCUAAUUGGAACAGAUAAACUAAUUAGGGUGUGUCUAGCUCAACCUGCGUGAAACACUGAUAAUAAAGAAAUGACGGACUAUUCUAAAAGUGCCUUUGGCACUUAAGUCACCGAAAUGCUUAGCACCUGAAAAAAUAAAUUAAUAAACUUACCGUGUGUAGGCGGACGCCGGAAAUAUAGAUAUUUUAAAAUAGGGUUUAACUCGGGAGAACAAUGGAAGUGAAGUCACGAUAUUUGUGUUAUAUGAUCUACUGUACGGACAGCACAGGUACUGGCUACAAGCCUAGACACCUGUUUCGCCGAUAUUCCGUCGCUGCAUGACAUAGCUGAGAGGAGUUUGACCCGUAAAUGAAUUCCCAAUGACUACCGUAUUCUCCAGGUUAGCAACUACUCUGAAGAUACUAAGAAUCUUAAAUUUUAAAAAUGCAGUAUCUAGCAAAAAUCACACGGGCAGCGUUGGGCUGCUCACUAUUGAUUCGAACCCCUCUCAGAAGUGGGCGAAUCAAUUUCUAGGGAGAUUAGAUAGCUAAAAAAUUCCAAUGGUGGCUGCAUGCAGUAUAAUCCCAAAAAAACCAUUAUAUAUUAGAAUAUUAGCCUUUUAAUGAAAGUUUUCUAGUAGCCUUGAAAAAAUAAAUUCCUACAGUAAUAAAUUCAUAGUUUAAGGUCAACCUAUCUAGUAUAUUUUGUCUGCAUAAGUUGGAUAUUUUUUGAAAACACGCAUAAAACGUGACUGUCAUGCUACUUUUUCAGAGAUAUGUGCUCGAGCUAAAUUUUGCACAUAAGGGGAACGUUGUUUUUCUUUUAAAAGUUUGUUAUUAUGAGGCCUGUCGAGAUUGUGAAGUGAUUAUUACAGGAACAGUGUGGCUGCAGUCUAGUUAAAACCGUAGCGACUUCGAAAUCAAAUAAGUGAAGAUGACACCCUUUCGUUUUUUAAGACAAGGCGCUAAAUUUACAUCGGGAAAACUAAGCCGGCAACAAAUGAGUUCAGUUAUUUCUUCCUGUCGAAUCCUAAAUCUAGAACUUUAACGACUUUUUUUAUCAGAUUAAAACGCCUCUUUCAGAGAGGCUCCUCUCAACGGGAAUCCGGACCAACGAAUAUCGCAUGGCUCUUAAUGAAAUUAAGCGCAAUCAUGUCUCGAUGGAACGCUAAUGUAUUAGGGGCAUAUUCAGGUGUAAUAGGGUUUGUCCCAAGUAAGAGAAUCCUUCAGUCAUACAAAAAGCAAGUAUUUUAGUGAAAAGUGUAACCACGACGUUUUUUCAUGAGUUUCUAAUUUUAUAAAUAAACUAAACGUUUUUUUCUCUCAUACGCUAAGAAAACGUUGCCCAGUAGCCGGUAACUAUAACUUAUUGAUUUUUGGACGACUGACUCAUUCCGGAUAAGCAUGACCUUCCCAUCAAUGAAAAUAAAAAUCAUGCAAUUGAUUUCUGAUAUAUCAGUUUACAAAAAAAGUGCUAAGGUCAUAGCUAUCUGCCUAUCCAUAGGACUCCUGUUCGUUAUCGACCAGAAAAAUAUGUAUAAAGCAAGGAAUGAUGCUGACUUCUAUGCAUCCAGGUAUUUCUAAAAUAAGUUUUCUAAAUACAGUUGUGUUUACUAAAAAUACUCUUGCUUGAUCGUUAAGCCAUUAAAAGUUUUUCUAAAUGCAUUCAGGUAUACAGCAUAAAGCAUAGGCGUUUUAAUUAUUACUCGGUAAACCGAGACAUUUCUAAAACGCCAGAUAACGUAGACCGGAUUAGCUUAAGAAAAUACAAAAAUAAUUGAGUCAAUUGAGAGUUGCACGUUCGCCUCUGAUUUUUGAGCAGACAUCAACUACUUUUUACAUUCAGAGGGCAAACACUAAGUUAGUGUCGAGUCACUUAGCAUAAUGAAAUGAAAUUCCGUUUUCAUUGUGCACAAGUUUUUUCUAUCGCGUUUGUUUCCUAAUGCCACUUAUCAAUAGUAGUAUACUAUCGAACUGAACCUAGAAGCCGCUGAGAUCUGUUGAGUCAGAAAAUAUCAGUAAUCUGAGGAAUAGGUUUUCGCAUCCCCGCGUAUAAGUAAACGGUUACAUGUACGUUUAGCAAACUUCAUUGCCCUUCCUAGCGGAGUAUUCAUUACUUCUUUGUUUCACAGGAUGUACACUGUUUAAAAUAUUUACGGAUAAAAUUCACGAUCCCUCGACUACAACCCUUCAAAUCGUCUUUUUAAGUGAAGUUCCGAUACUAAUUGCAUGUUGCCUACACAUGGUACUCUGUUGAAAGUUCGGUAAUAUUUUUGGACUUAAGUGUCGAGCUACCUUGCAUUCAUGUAUACGUCUAAAAUAUGCUUCAAACGAAAUUCUUUAAAUGUCAGGUAAGCGAACGGACUCGAUUAACUUCAUUAAGACCAACACAGCUUAACCGAUGUUUUACUGUGUACAAAUUAAUUUAUGCAGCCCACUGAUCCUUGUCAAGUUGGUCGUCAACUUAUAAUUGAUAAUCUCAAAAGGUGGCUGAUCUAAUUGUGCAAAAUCUAUCUCUCUGCACCUUCAGAUCUACUCACUAUGUGGUUAUGGGACGAAGAGCAGCCUCCGUAUUAUCAGUGAAUGACCGACCAGCUGACAAAAAUUGUUUAGAAAUGAUUGCAGGUCAAAGUAUAUCCCAAAAGAUUUUGGUUUACCCUAGCCUACAGUAGUGCAUUUGACGGAAAAACAAGAUAAUAUGCAUAUUUUUGGCAUUCAGUGAGUUUGAAUGUUAUCCCCUGUUGAGAAAAACAAGACAUUUAAAUAAAGACUAUUUUGCCGUACCAUGUUUUUUAGGAAUACGACGGUGUCGUUGGUGGCAAACAUACGGUGACCGAGUCGGAGGAGAGGGCAUUUACGAAUUGGAUAAAUAAGCACCUGAAAGACGACAAAGAAUGCACUGAGCUGGGACUGCUGCCAAUCAGCAUCGAGGUCGAUGGACAGCUGUAUAAUCGUUGCAAAAACGGCAUAAUUCUCAGCAAAAUUGUGAAUAUCGCUGUUCCAAAUACAAUUGAUGAACGUAUCAUUGAGAAAGGCGACUCCAUGAGUGCUCUCUUUAAGGUUAGUGGACUUUUCAUUAAACCACCAUACAAAGAAUGAAGUAAACUAAGGCUUCUAUAAACUCGGUAGUACUUGGUGUCCUUCUUCAAAUAUAGACGGAUAAAGUUUCGUGGUGCAGAAUAUAAAAGUUUGACGAAAAAGCACAUGUGACAUAGCUGGAUAAUUUUACUCCACUCUAAGGGAAAUCAGAAUUAAUGUUUCCAAUUAACUAUCAUUUUGACUAUUCGCCAGAUAGUGUUUGAAUAUCAUUACUGUCGUGCUCUCUGUACUUUACGGUUUCAUAUUAUACACCUAUUACUAUUUUUCCCAUGCCAACUUUUAAGUUGUGCUUAGCCACUUUAGUCGUUGACACAGAAAUUGGUCCAAGCAGGUCCGAAUACUACAUUGUUUAGAAAUCCGCCAAUUUUAACGGUCGCUCUCUCAAAACAUCCGCGAUGAUUGAGCUAAUGAUAUUUGGCGAAAGAAAUGUAACAUAAUUCAGGGGCACUGCUAUUUUUUGAAGUAUUGAGAUGUCAUAGUGGUCCGUCAAAGUAAACUGAAAACAUAUCUUUUCAGAGUAGGUUUUUAAACUUUGCGUUUUCAGAGAACGCACAGUUUUUAGACUACUCACAGCACUGACAUCUGAAAUAAUAAAAAGAUAAAGCGACGCCGGAUACUUUUUGAUGUCAUUUUAAAAUUUAGUGGAAAGGCGGUAAAAUCGAGUCCACAGAGUCAUCAGCUGUCCUGAGUAACCCACAUCUACGCCACGCUGGGUUCUUCGAGGUUCAUGGCUACCUUGUGAAUGACUAAAUCGUAUCAUUUUAUCCUUCUUUCAGGUCAUCACUAUUAGUCUGUUCAUGCUGAUAAAUAUGACAUGCUAUGAAAUGUCCCACGAAGUUUAAGUUAUAGGGAAAAAAGCAGUAUUUAAAGAAAAAACCGUGCACAAGCGUUCAAAACAAGACUGCCCAAAAUCCUUAUUCAAAUUUGGCGGAUUUUCGGAAUUACACAUUAGUUUUACUGUUUAAAUGGGCCAGCCAAAGGUCCUUCAAAUGGAAAAUAAGAUUUGCUGUGGUCACAUGCUACAGCAUGCUUAUCCCUGCUGGCCAAUAAAAAUUAAUCUUACGCGACAAGCAAUUUGGAAACCCAAUUGUGACAAGUUCAAACGAGGGUUCAAAUGCCAAACUUCUUUGCAUUAGGCAUGACAGAAGAAACCAAAACCAUUUUGUCUUUCAGCGUACUUGGUAGAGAGAAAGCCAGGGUCGUUUUUCCAUGAACAUUUCUAAUUAACGGUCUGUUGUUCCAGCUGUUAAUGUUUACGAGACUCCUUAUACAAUGCUUUCCUAUGCUUUCUUCAGCGCAAUGAAAAUCUGACAUUGGUGAUCAAUUCGGCUGCUGCAAUUGGCUGCUGCGUUGUGAACAUCGGGCCGGAAGACAUCCUUCAGGGCAAACGUCAUCUGGUUUUGGGUCUGAUUUGGCAACUCAUUCGAAAGGCCAUUGUCGACACCAUAACCCUCUCCCAGCACACAGAACUGGCGGCCCUUUUGCUGCCUGGAGAGACUCUGGAGGAACUAAGUGCUCUCAAGCCCGAAGAGUUAUUAAUGCGGUGGGUAAACUUCCAUCUAGCAAAUGCUGGCAGCGACCGCAGACUCACCAACUUCCAUUCCGACAUCAACGAUUCAGUCAUUUAUGCCAUUCUGAUGGAACAGAUAGCCCCAAUAGACAAGAAGGCUCACAUGAUCAAUAGCAAGGCUAUCUUAGAUGAGUAUGAUAUCCAGAAAAGGGCUGGCAUUGUGAUGGAGAACGCAAGGAUUCUGGAUGCCAGCACUCUUUUAUCGCCAGAAGACAUUUAUCUUGCAAGUGACACCAAUCAACGGGAUAAGCUCAACCUGGGCUUUGUCGCAACCCUGUUUAACAUGUAUCCUGGGCUGGAGAAUCCCGGAGAUUUAGAAAUACAACCGGAGUCCCUGGAAGAAAAGACCUAUAGGAAUUGGAUGAAUUCAAUGGGUGUGUCGCCAUUCGUGAGCCAUCUCUAUAGCAACCUCAGCGAUGGACUGGUCCUGCUUCAAUUGAUUGAUAUAAUUCGUCCAACCACCAUAAACUGGAAAGCAGUGACCACGACCUUCGACGAAAGACGGAAACUCUUCCAGAAGCAAAGCAACUGUGUUCUCGUGGUUGAGUAUGCCAAGUCAAUUGGACUUAAGCUGGUCAAUGUGAGUGGCGAAAACAUUCGGGAAGGAGCUCAGAAGCAAGUCUUGGGAAGCUGCUUCCAGUUUAUGAGGUCUUACACAAACAAGCUUCUGAGAGAGGUACGUAACUGUCCUUACCAUUUUAUAUUCCCUUUAUGCUUUCUAUCCUUCCUACUCGGUCAGAAGAAGGAUUUCAAAAUAAAAGGAAUAUGAAACCAGUUCUGCUAACUUCCUUCCACUUUAAACAUGUCGCUUUCGCCUAUUUUUUGCUAGAGGCACGACCAUUAGUAAAAGAGAACAGCCCAUACUAGUUUCAGGUAUCAAAGCAGAAGUGUCCUAUCGUUCCAGGACUUGAAAGCGCGCAACUAGUCUUCGUCACUGACAUUUCUUUUUAACUGGGAAAAAACGUCCUAGCUAGAAGACAAAGGAAGGGAAGACGUAGAUGGCUGAGUAUCAAUCAAUCGCAUAUUUUGGUUCUUUAGGCCGCAGGAUCAGAUAAGUCUGCACCAAUCGAAGAUGCUGAGAUACUGGCAUGGGUUAACAAACACCUUCAGGCCGUUGGUGAGCCGCCAAUAACGAGUUUCCGCGACCCCAGCCUAGCUACCUCGAGGCCUAUUGUUGCUGUGCUGGAGAGCAUCGCCCCGCGAAGCACGACCAGAUCAAUGCUAUUGGAUGACAACUUCGCCAAUGCCGUCUACGCCCUCUCCUCGUGUCGAAAGGCUGGAGCCCGGGUCUACGCGCUGCCGGAACAUAUUUGCCAGACAAAUUCGAAAAUGAUUAUCACCAUUUUUGCUUGUCUCAUAGUGCUCUCUUACAACUUGCAACAAAAUGCACUGGAACAGCAACAACAGCGGUAA